AUGAUGAAGAUCGACGAUAUCAAGAGUGUUCACCUCGACAGUGGUAUGGUCAUUGACGUGGACGCCAACAACAAGAUUGUCGAACUUGAACUUGGAUCGGCAUCAACAACCAUUCAACCGGACUGUGAUGUGGUCAUGGACCAAGAGAAACCAUUCCAUUCAUUGUACUCUUACUAUCUUGACAAUCGACAGGCCGCCCUCAGAAUAGAUCGUGCAAGUAGAACUGUGUCCGAGUUUCCAGUAGCCACGUACACCAAGUAG